AUGUUUUCCUCGUUUACCCCAGCUUUCUCUUCUUUCACCCCCUCCACGCAGAUGACUGUCCCUGCUGGAGGACGACCCUCGAGCCAACAGCGCUCCGGUCACGGUCCCCAUCAAAAUGCCUCGUUUCUUCGAACUCAAUCAAAUGGCAGGGGACCGCAAGGAACUAGACAUUGGCAAUCUAGCCAAACGAGUGAGGGAUGCGCACCCCACUCUUACCGAGGAAAGCGUAAUAACGCUCAUAACAACCGGGAGGCCUCUGCUACUGCGAAUCAAGUCAAUGCCGGCGUGGGGAGAGGUCCGCGCAGAAACCAUGCCAACCAGCCUCGAAGACAACAUAACCAACCAAGACAAUUCAAUUCCCACGGGAAUAGAAGACCAAAUCACCGCAACAGCCUUCAGAAACAAGGCGCGUUGACUGGCCGCAUUGGGAGACGUCCCAGGGCCAACCAGGGUAUCACCCCUGUAAUCGAAGGAAACUUCCUGUAUCUGGAUGUUGUCAUGACAGACGCACCAGCACUCCGAAAAACGAAACUCAACCCCUCCAAUGAGGAUAUUGCCAUGACAGAGGCUCCGCCACUCCGCCAAAAGAAAUCAAACCGCUCUCCUCGGCGGAUUCAGCAAGCUCGUUCCAACUCGAACGGAAUGGGCAUCGACUCGAACUCCAGCUUCGCCGUUGACAACCGCGACGACUGCGUCAUGACUGACGCACCAAUCUUUUAA